AUAUUUGGCCAUUACUUUUCAAUAACACAUGCACGAUAGACACAGGAUAGCCAUUGAAAUGCGCUGUUUACCAUGGCAAAUGAAAAGGUAAAUUUGCCAAAGAAAGAUCGAAAUGAUACUCGAUGGUUUAAGGUCUGCUAUUUGAAGACCUUUACCAUGCGAAGAAGCAAACCAAAGGGUGGUCAACAAAAUGAUGACUUUCCUAAGGAGCAGGAGGCAAUGAAGAGAAGUGUUAAGCAUUGCCCUGUACAUUCUGCUGGCUGGUUGCUGACACUACUCAGCCUUGUUGGUGUUGUUUGGCCCAAGAACGUGAGACCGGAUGAUGGAAGUAAAGGGAAGAAGGAUCUCCUGCCUCAGACUGAGCAGGCGUCUAAUAAGAAAAAGAGAGUCAAGACCAUAAGGAUAAAGAGAGAUGCAGUGGAGCCGAUCGGUGAGAGAGAUCGAGGUCCGAAAUUGAAAUCUCCUCUUGCCGCAUGUAAUCCAUUUGCAUUUAAAGGUCCCUCCACAUCUAUGAAGUCACCUGGGAUGGUCUCAGCUCAACGGGUUCAAUCUGGUGUGAAUAUCGGGAGUGAGAGAGUCACCAGGGCUCCUGAACUCCCUGCGUUCAAUCAAGAUAGAGGAGAAAAAGAUCAAAAGGACAUUGCAACACUCUGUUCCAGUCUUCAUAACUUUUCACGGGAGCUCACCGACAAAGUUCAUGAGCUCAUAGAGAGUCACAAAGGACCCGAAGAUCUUUUUGCACCUGCUGGAAAGGCUGCAUCAGACUCAACACUUUUGAAACUGAAGACCAGAUUUGAGACUUGUGAACAAUCCUGGGAGAUUGAGCUGGUGAACUCCUUUACUAAGGAGUCGGUAAGACGUCUACUACAGGAUCUGAUCUCCUGGCAUCCUCCACCAUCUGAAGUACCAGAUAGAUCCAGUAGUUCCUCACAAGUUUAUCCAGACACCGAGAAGCAGUUUGCCAAUACAGAGGUCAAUCAGUUGAAGAGUCAGAGUGGGGACAGUAAUGUUAGCUCAGGAACACACCGGGCAUCAUCAACAAAGUUCUCCCGCUCCAUUAGCUCCGCCAAAUCCAGAGCUUCCCAGAGUGAUAGUUUUAGGAAUGUUUUACCAGGCACUCCGAUCCCAAAUGAGUGGCCAGUUGAAAGUGAUUUUGCUCUCAUUAGGAGUUCGGUCAUUGAUAUGGGUAAGUCCUCAACUAAUUCCAACGUGUCACCAAACAAGUCAAAGCAAACCAUUGCUGCUGUAGUAGACACUGUUAUGGAGGUCAAUAAAAGAGAAAAAGAUCAAAAGGACAUUGCAACACUCCGUUCCAAUCUUCACACCUUUUCACGGGAGCUCACCAACAAAGUUCAUGAGCUCAUUGAGAGUCACAACAGACCCGAAGACCUUUUUGCCCCUGCUGGAAAGGCUGCAUCAGACUCAACACUUUUGAAACUGAAGACCAGAUUUGAGACUUGUGAACAAUCCUGGGAGAUUGAGCUGGUGAACUCCUUUACUAAGGAGUCAGUAAGGCGUCUACUACAGGAUCUGAUCUCCUGGCAUCCUCCACCGUCUGAAGUACCAGAUAGAUCUGGUAGGUCCUCACAGGUUUAUCCAGUCAAUCAGUUGAAGAGUCAGAAUCGGGACAGUAAUGUUAGCUCGGGAACACACCGGGCAUCAUCUACAAAGUUCUCCCGCUCCAUCAGCUCUGCCAAAUCCAGAGCUUCCCAGAGUGAUAGUUUUAGGAAUGUUUUGCCAGGCACUCCAAUCCCAAAAGAGUGGCCAGUUGAAAGUGAUUUCCCUCUCAUUAGGAGUUCGGUCAUUGAUAUGGGUAAGUCCUCAACUAAUUCCAACGUGUCACCAAACAAGUCAAAGCAAACCAUCACUGCUGUAGUAGACACUGUUAUGGAGGUCAAUAAAAGAGGAGAAAAAGAUCAAAAGGACAUUGCAACACACCAUUCCAGUCUUCACAACUUUUCACGGGAGCUCACAGAUAAGGUUUAUGAGCUCAUAGAUUCUCACAAUAGACCCGAAGACCUUUUUGCACCUGCUGGAAAGGCUGCAUCAGACUCGACACUUUUGAAACUGAAGACCAGAUUUGAGACUUGUGAACAAUCCUGGGAGAUUGAGCUGGUGAACUCCUUUACUAAGGAGUCAGUAAGACGUCUACUACAGGAUCUAAACUCCUGGCAUCCUCCACCGUCUGAAGUACCAGAUAGAUCCGGUAGUUCCUCACAGGUUUAUCGUGACACCAAGAAGCUGUUUGCCAAUACAGAGGUCAAUCAGUUGAAGAGUCAGAUGCCACAGGGAAGUUAUCCAGAACCUAUGUUGGACCUGAACUCUGUUAAGGAUACAUCUUCCACACAUCUGGCAUUUGACUACACUAGCAAUGACUACGCCACUUUAGUAUUUUCACUGGUUUUUGGACUGCUGUCAAAGAUAAGCGCAGGUAUGUCAAUGGAAACCUCUGUCAUUGUUGACAUAACCAAAGUUCUCAUCAAGAGGAUACUGUCUGAUUUCUGUAGCAUCUCAGGCAUUCAACAAAGUCAAGCCUGCCCCCAGAAACUGAAAAUCGAAAUGAUCUUCAAGAGGAUCUACAAACAGCUUCAUCAGGAAUUUGGAUCAAAAAAGAUUCUCCAGGUGGCAAUGAAGUCACAGAAUACUGCAUUUCACAAUGCCUUGGUUAAAUCAGUAACCAGGGAACUAUUGAACAUAUGCAAUGAGACCAGCUCUUCGUCCUUCUCAAUUACCACAUUGUCCUCAGACAGUGACAAGGCCAGGCCAGCUGGGCUUCCAAAGGCCGGUGAAAAGGAAAAGGGGGGAAUCGCUCAUCGGUUUCAACUACUUCUAAAGCAUUCAAAGAAGGUCAACAUGAAAAAGGACCAUGCAUCAAAACCUUCCCAGAACCAGACCCCUGCUGUCCAUAGACUAGGGAGUGUUUACGAACAAAAUACUGGCAAAACAGAGAAUGGAACCUCCGGCAAGAAAAAAGCAAGGAAGCAGUCAUUCUUUUCAAGGGCAUUUUCAGAUACAAGAAAUGCCCUGUCCAGUCUCUUUACAGUGGGUCUGAUUAAUCUGUCUUCAAAAUAA